AUGGGGCAGGGCUGGGCAAUGCAGGCAGUCCCACAAUGCUUUUGGGCGACCACGUAAAGUGCCGCCUGUUGGCACUAAUUACGGGCUUUAACCUAAGCCUGUGCCAGAGGAUGUAAACAACAAUUAUGAGACAAGUUCAUGCAAAGCGGGAUUAAUACAGGCGGAACUAACAGACUUGAGGAACAUGUCAAAGACAUCGGAUAGCAUCCUCAAGCAGCUGAAGGUGCAACGGCAAAAGGAGCGAGCUGUUGCAACCAUGCGUUGGCGCUGUGCCCAGGGAGGAUUGGAUUUCGAGCAGUUGGAUACGUUUUACAAAGCCAUCAGGCCAUAUCUCUGUGUGGCGCAAUUCUUUGGCGUUAUGCCCUUAGCCAAUAUCCUCAGUCGUGAUCCUCAGAACGUUAAAUUCAAAGUGCGAAGCCUGGCAACUGGAAUCACUGGCCUGUUCCUGCUUCUGGGAGGCCUGAAGACUAUAAUCGGAGCGAAUGUUCUCUUCAAAGCAGGACUCAAUGCCAAGAAUAUGGUUGGUUUGGUUUUCCUCAUUGUGGGCAUCAUCAACUGGUUGAAUUUUGUGGGAUUCGCUCGUUCCUGGUCACAGAUAAUGUUGCCCUGGAGUUCCCUGGAUAUCCUGAUGCUAUUUCCACCCUACAAGCGUUGUAAGCGAACUCUUCGUUCGAAGAUUAACAUCAUUGUCAUUAGCGUGGGUUGUCUGGGAUUGGUGGAUCAUACUCUUUACUAUAUCUCAGGAUACUAUUCUUAUAGCAUGCAAAUUUGGCAUUGCCAAACGAAUCACUCGCAGGUCUCCUUUGGAUUCUUUUUGGAAAAGGAGUUCUCAGAUGUCUUGUUUAUGCUGCCUUACAAUAUAUUCUCUAUGUGCUAUGGUUUUUGGAUAAAUUUUGCUUUUACCUUUUUGUGGAACUUCAUGGACAUUUUUAUAGUGAUUACCAGUAUUGGGUUGGCUCAGAGAUUCCAACAGUUUUCUGAGAGAGUGCUGGGCUUGGCGGGUCGCUACGUUCCGGAUGCGCUGUGGUACGAUAUCCGACGGGAUCACAUACGCCUCUGUGAGCUGACUAGCCUAGUGGACGCCAGUAUGUCGAGUAUUGUUUUUGUAUCCUGCGCGAAUAAUGUUUAUGUUAUUUGCAACCAGGCACUGGCCAUCUUCACAAAGCUACGACAUCCUAUUAAUUACGUAUACUUCUGGUACUCACUGUUCUUUCUGAUGGCAAGGACCAGCCUAGUCUUUAUGAGCGCCUCCAAGAUAAGGGAUGCCUCGCUAUUGCCUCUGAAAUCGGUGUAUCUGGUGCCCAGUGAUCGCUGGACUCAGGAGGUGCAGCGAUUUGCCAGUCAACUGACCAGCGAGUUUGUCGGCUUGUCCGGUUAUCGCCUCUUUUAUUUGACAAGGAGAAGUCUGUUUGGGAUGCUGGCCACCCUGGUCACCUAUGAGCUGAUGCUUUUGCAAAUGGAUGCCAAGAGUAGCAAAGAAAGUCCCAUAUGUGUUUAAGUAGAUAAACAUAAAGUAGAUUCCUGGAGAAUUUCUCUGACAAAAUUUAUA